GCACUUUCUCAGGAAAAAAGCUAACAAAACUAGGGCUACCCUACUUUUUGUAUUUCCAUUCCCUACACAAGUAAGCAAAUAAAGGAAACUUCAGCAUUGGUGUGCUAAAAAAAUCAUUAACAUGGCUGACGAGGAACCGGUGGAUCAAAAGAAACUCCUUGAGAGUAUUUGCCAAUCAAAUUGUGCAAAACCUAGGAAUGGUUAUGAGGAAUGCGUGAAGAGGAUUUCAGGUGAUGAUACUGGAACUAUGCACUGCACUGGACAAUACUUUGACUACUUAGCUUGUAUUGAUAAAUGUGUUGCCCCAAAGCUAUUUGGAAAGCUGAAAUAA